AUGAAAGGCCACUCAAGGGCUGACAUCUCCUUCAGACGAAAGGUACAGAUUGGGGACCUUCCAUCACGAACCAAGAGAUAUGCUGACCAAAUGAGAAGUACCACGGACACCACACAGGAGGCCUUUGUAAAGAACACUGGGUUCACGUGUGUACACACCUCCCAGAAUCAACGCAGAGCUUCAGGACCGCAGUCCUUUAAGGAUAUGCCACCUGACUGCAGCAGAGUUCUUAAUCUGGAUUAUGCCUCUUUAGCUUUCUACGUGGAAAUGUGUGUGAAUUUAGGAACUGAAAUUUACUGGAAAGAUCCCCUGACUGGUAACUCUAGUCACACUCUCAAGAGGAUAACAGCUGACAUGAAAAAGAACAAGGAGUAUAACCAACGAAAACUCAUUGCACCAGUUGCAGAAGAGGAGGAAACAGUUCUAAACAAUAAGAUGACUGUAGUGGGUGUUAGACAAGUUGGUAUGGUGUGUGCUAUCAGCAUUCUGGGAAAGUCUCUGGCUGAUGAACUUGCUCUUGUGGAUGUUUUGGAAGAUAAACUUAAAAGAGAAAUGAUGGAUCUGCAGCAUGGGAACUUAUUUCUUCAGACGCCCAAAACUGUGGCAGAUAAAGAGUAUUCCGUGACUGCCAAUUCUAAGAUUGUAAUGGUAACUGCAGGAGUCCGUCAGCAAGACGGGGAGGGUUGUCUCAAUCUGGUGCAGAGAAAUGUCGAUGUCUUCAAAUUCAUUAUUCCUCAGAUCGUCAAGUACGGUCCUGAUUACAUCGUAAUUGUGGUUUCCAACCCAGUGGACAUUCUUACAGAUGUUACCUGGAAACUGAGUGGAUUACUCAAACACCGUGUGACUGGAAGUGGAUGUAAUCUGGAUUCUGCGAGAUUUCACUACCUUAUGGCUGAAAAACUUGGCAUUCAUCCCACCAGCUGCCAUGGAUGGAUUUGGGGGGAACGUGGUGACUCAAGUGUGACUGUGUGGAAUGGCGUGAAUGUAGCAGGUGUUUCUCUUCAGGAAUUGAAUCCAGAAAAGGGAACUGACAAUGAUAGUGAAAAUUGGAAGGAAGUGCACAAGAUGGUGGUUGAAAGUUCCUAUGAAGUCAUCAAGCGAAAAGGAUAUACCAACUGGGCUACUGGAUUAAGUGUGCCUGAUCUUACUGAAUCCAUGUUGAAAAAUCUAACCAGGAUUCAUCCCAUAUCAACAAUGGUAAAGGGGAUGUAUGGCAUUGAGAACGAAGUCUUCCUGAGCCUUCCACGUAUCCUCAAUGCCCGGGGAUUAACCAGCGUUAUCAACCAGAAGCUCAAGGAUGAUGAAGUUGCUCAGCUCAAGAAAAGUGCGGAUACCCUGUGGGACAUCCAGAAGGACCUAAAAGACCUGUGACUACUGAGCCCUAGGCUGUAGAAGUU